AAGUCUCAAGCGUUCUCAAGGUGUACGUCCCGGUAUGAGAGGAGCGUGUGAGAGUAUACGUGUCAGGGUGUCGAUGCUGGACUUCAACUGUUUUCUUACUUGAUAAGUAUCUUCGAAAAUGAGUCAGACGCCAUCUUGUCACCUCUCACUGCUCCUUCUGCUGGUAAUAAACGUAACAGGUGUGAUUGGGGACAGAAUCAUCGGGGGGAAAGUGGUAGCACCCUACACCAUCACGUAUCAAGCCUCCCUGAGGUUCUGGAACUACCAUUUCUGUGGAGGCACCCUCAUCCACCCACAGUGGGUGAUUUCUGCUGCCCACUGCUGGAGGCCGAAGCACUUGAUCAAAGUUUACCUGGGAGAGCGAAACAUCAAAAGUUUGGAUGGAUUUGAGCAGAUGUUCGAGGUCUCCUUAAUCAUCAGGCAUUACCAGUACAAAGCCUGGACGUUUGAUAAUGACAUCAUGCUGCUUAAGUUGCACAGGCCGGCGGUCCUCAACAACAGGGUAACAAUAAUAAGACUGCCUGACCCAUUCGCGCCCCCAUUGCCGGCCUUUACCAGAUGCACGGUCAGCGGCUGGGGCGUGACCCGGCCCGAUGGCUACACACUGUCACGUGACCUGAGGUCUGUGAUCGUGGACAUCAUCCCUAAAUGCUCAUUGUACUACCACUUCAGGAUCACAAGGAACAUGAUCUGUGCUGGCUCUCUCAAUGGUGGGAGGGAUUCCUGUCGGGGAGACUCGGGAGGACCUCUUGUGUGUAACGGUCGAGUUGAGGGUAUUGUAUCUUGGGGUAUCGGCUGUGCCUACUAUUCAUACCCCGGUGUCUACACCCAAGUCAGAAACUACCUCGGCUGGAUUUACUGGCAAAUCCAGAACAAAUGAAGAGACUAUUAAUAACUAACUUCUCCAAGACACUGCUGUGAGGACGAUUUAAAUGGACUCUAUAUUUUUGUUAUUGUUGUUGUAUGUUACUGUCAUAUAAAAUGAAUAUAUAAAUAUAUAAAUACAUAUGCUAAAAAAGAAACUAUCUGUAGCAUACGUCCCACUAGUGUGAACUCAUUAACGCACACAAUGUGAAAAUCACCAGAGAGAAGACGGAAAAGGGAAAAUAAACCAUAUUUCACUUCUACAUAUAUGAAUGACAUUAAAUGCACAUUAAAUGUAUUGUUUUAUUACUCUACUGUGUUUUUAGUGUUGUUUCUGAUCAUUUCAGGGAUCAUUUUGGUGUUUGAUGCCUCUGCUGUAUAUCACCAUUGACUUAAGGUUUAAAAGAAAAUGACAAUAAAGAUUUUCACAACCUG